GUUGAGAGGUCGGUGAUCCAACGAGCGAGUCUGGGAAACUAAACCUAAAUGAUCGACGAAAAGGAGGAGCCUCUGUUGCGCGAGAUGGCCGAAUCGCGAUAUUGGCGCAAGAUAUGAGCGGUGACAGAAGACGGAACGUUCACUGAGUAUGCUUGUGCAUUGUUGUUCUCAGAUGGCUUCAGAUGGGUUCAGAUGCGGUAUCCGUACCAGAAAGUUCGAGACAGCCCAGGAAAAAUCGCAUGCUCCGCCAAACUCUAUGUGCACAUGAAGAAGUUCGUCACGGCCAACGCAAGAUAUGUGCUGAAUGCACGAGAUUUACCCAGGACUGCAGGUCAACGGAGCUGUCGAGCGAUUGGGGUUGAAGGUUUCGCCGCGUCGUUUGGCUACCACCGUUGCUCAAAGAAUCUCUCAUUGACCUCGUUUUUCACUCAACCUAUACGCACACAUAACAGCAGUCAGGGGUGGUACAUAUUGGUACGUUGGGUGUUCAGGGGCUAUUUUGGGCAUAUUCUAUCGUCCCAAGAGAGCUCGCCGCAAGUGGGAGACUGCGAGACGAGUGAAGGUACAGAGAUGAACCAAUAUGAGCAAAGUGGCCCCUACGGUCUCGCGAUGAAAAGAACAAAGAGAUUGAGACACGGCCUCUUUGACUCAUCAAUUUUAGAGUUCAUGACACAACCCUAUCUGUGAAUGGACGAAGUGUUGUUUGCUCUCUGCAUGCCGAUGUAUUUUUUACUAAAAGAUUAUAUAAGGGUGCAUUGAAA